AUCUGAGACAGGUAAAUAAGUACGAUCCAAAAUAUACUCAGGGAGAGAGAGAGAGAGAGAGAGAGAGAGAGAGAGAGUUCCAAGUUAUAAACACCUUGGUACCCACACAUCUCAAACGGAACUAGCAUGCUGGGAGAUGGUACCUGAAGGGGGGAGGCUGGAAGCACAAACUGAUUUAUGUUGGCUUUGCGAGCAGCCACAGCCCGAGCGACCAUGGACAUGUACAUGAUCAUUAAGACCGACAAGGAACGUUACGCUGAGCUUUUUGUGAAGUGGUACGAGGAUGCAGAAGUCCUUCAUAUGGUGAAGAAGAGGGUUGUAAAAGCCAUAUCAAUGAUGGAUAUCGACAACGUGAACAACGGCGUCGCUGAUACGCCAAAGCAGAAAUUGAAGUGGUACGAGAAUCCAGAAAUCCUCCAAAUAUUCAAGAAGAUGUUUGGCCCUUCACUGUACGAAGAUGUCAUGCCUGACCCCACCUCGUUCCUCAGUCGCUGCCCUAAAGGCUUCGAAACGGAUUUGCGGCUAGUCCAGUGGGGCCAGGAUCCAGACAUACUAGACAUGGUCCAUAAGAGGAUGUUUGAGCCUCCUCUGAACGAAGAUGGAAAGCCUGAAGGGAUCACAUUUUCUAGCUACUUCCCUGCAUGCUAUGGAACAUAUUUGCAAGAAGCUUGGCCGAUGGUGAAAUCUGCUUUAGAAGAGUGUGAUAUUUCAUGCAGAUUGAAUUUGGCAAUUAGAGUACUGAGUGAUAUACAAUGGGACAUCAUCAAGAUUGGGCUAUUAGGUGGUGGCCUUCGCUCUAAAUCUGGUAUCACGCGGGAUCAAUGUGCGGAGCGGGUGAAACUCCUCACGCGUCCCUUAAAUAUACUUGGAGAAAUGACGGCCUGCGAUGUGUUUUUUCGUGAAGACAACAUUGCCGUUAUGGGUUCACCGUUGGUAUUAAAGCUAAUCAGGAGGAUCGUGGUAGAUUGCAUGGUUCAUAAGGUGGAUCCUGUGUCCCGUGUGAAUAGGAUUUCAAAGUUUAUAAAUUUCCAAGUGAGGAAGAAUCUUGAGGAUUUGCAUUUGUGAAGAAUCUCGAGGAUUUUGGAGUUAUCUAGGAUCUUGAUGCUUUCAAGUGAAGAUUUAUUUAGAGUUAUUGUUGUUAUAUUAUUAUCGUAGAGGAUGCUUAAAGUGUUAAUUGCACCGACUAAUGUUGAGGUUUUGUCCUGAUUUUAUAAA